AUGGCGGUGGGGGGAUGGGUGGCAGCGUGGCCGCGAGAAGGGCAUGCUUUUGCAGCGGUGGCCGGCCUUGUCGUUGCCCUGCUGCUCCUGUUUGCUCCGCAAGUCGUCGUACCCAAACCAGUUGUCUGUGAGACCAAUGUUAAGGUGUUAACUUUGAAUGUGACGGACAUCCCAAUUGACCGGAACUUUGCGGAUUCAUUUGGAGCUGGACUAGAGGCGGCACUCUGGUGGCGCAAUUUCACUGUUGCUGACGGUGUUCAUGUAGAGAUUGUCAGGAAGGUCACCACAAUGCUAACAAGUGGAGCGGUGAUAGAAGAAGCGUUGAAAGCCGAUAGUAAUAUUCUUCUUGUGGCAGGCGUCAUCGGUGAUAUGACCGCUGCGAUCUCUCUGCCCGUAAUUGUGCGACAUGGCCUUGUCUCGUUUGCCCCGUUCACUGGAUCGAGUUUGGUGCGUGGGUGGAACCCCAACAUGUACUUUGUGCGUGCCGAACCUGCGGUUGAGCUCCUGGCACUCCUCCGCUACGCCUUGGCCCACCUGCGGGUGCAUCGGCUGGGCUUCAUGUACCUGAAGGGAGUUUUCUUUGGUGAAAGGGAGUAUGCGCAGGCACAACGCGUGAUGUCGGCGAUGGGCUACAAUCUGAGCGGUGUCUUCGGUUUGAAAAGCUCUAUGAGUCAUGGUGCGAAGGAGGAGGUGUUCGACGCUGCGUGGGAAGCGUUUGCGAAUACUCGGCCGCAGGCUGUGAUUGUGUUUGGCUCACCGAUAGAGGACACCACAAAAUUUGUCGAAAGGAUGCUAACAGACAAGCGCACCGCUGGAACGUACCUGCUUGCUCCCUCGGCGCUGCAGGAUCUUGUUUUGGGUGUGUGGCGUGCUGCUGUGACUAGUGGUGUUGUGUUUGAGCCUGGGCAGGUGCUGACGACGGGAACAAACCCGCUGGCGAAGGUCACAAAAUACAAGGCCAUCCAGCGCUUCCAGGAGGUGAUGCGGGCAUACCUGGCGCAUAGGAACGAUACGCAAUCAGGUGUG